GCACAGAUACACAGAGAUUCUGAGAUUAAUAUCUAGAAAUCAAAGUGGAGAUAAAAAUAUGGAAUUACAAACAACAGUAGACAACCUCAAAAUAAGUUGGGAAAUUAUUGACAGACAAAUACUCAAGGUAUUUUGAAAUAGCUGUGCGCAAUAAUUGUAAGAUGUUUGUGACGAGAAAUGUAUGAAUAGUACAAGGAUUAAUAAAUAAUACAUAUGGAAAGUUUUAGAUGCCGUUAGGAACAAAUGUGCUAAAGAAAUGAACAAUGAAGGCGGCAAAGAGGAGAUACAGUAUAUCUGCAGAGUGGUGGAUUGAGAGAAAUUCCAAUGUAACAAGAGAUAAGGCCUAGUAUAAGCUUUAGAGGUAUUGAUGAGCUAAGUAUUUCUACAAGCUAAUACUUCUAAUGGAGUUUGAGUUGGACAUAUAGCUACAAGCAGAAAAGUGGAUUGAGAAGAUAUAUGAAAGAAGAUGUGAAUCUUACUGAGCAGUGAGAAGUUCCGGCGACAUGGCCAUUCUUAAUAUUAGGGUGUGGAUUGUAUGUGUCAGUUAGCUAAAAGACCAUAGUGGUGAUGUGCAGCUGAAUCCAGUCUUCUCCAAAUCUUAUGAUUAUACAGCAGCAGUCUUUGGACAUGGAUCAGAGAAUUGUUAUGCCGGUCCAAUCAUCUUUAUUCUGUACAGGGAGUUCUACGAUUCUGCUUAGAGGUAUCAAAGAAAAGAAUAUAACCUUUGUUCUGGACACAUCUAUGAGCAUGCAAACUAUGCUGGACGCAAUGAAGUACCACUUGAUUGAGAUUUUGUUUGCACGGGCCUAUGCAAUGACUGAUUGCAAAUUCAACAUCAUUGCAUUUUCUGGCAAGGUUAAAAAAUAUUGUGACAAUUUGAUUGAUUGUACACUUCAAAAGGUAGAGAAAACUAUCCCGUGGAUCAGAUCUCUGGAAUGUAGAACUGGUAGAAACAUGCAGCAUGCGUUAGCUGUUGCUUUAGAUGAUCCCAGCACUGAUGCUGUUUACCUGAUGACUGAUGGAAAACUUGACAUCAACCCUCACAAAAUCUACACUGUAUUGAGAUGCACAGCAAAAGGACAACCGGUACACACUCUUUGCACAAUGGAAAAGUGCAGCACGAUAGAGGUUAACCAACUCUUGGAACAGAUAGCAUGGCUGACAGGUGCUUCAUUUCAAGCUGCAAUGGUCUGCAAACAACAUGGAACAGUAGAACAACUAAUCCCAGUCUCUGAACUUCACUCCUUUGAUCUCUUGGGACUACAUUGUUCAGAGACACCAGUACUGAAUAGAGACAACUUUGAUCUAACUGGACUACCACAUAUUGUUGUGCCUUUCAGCUGGUGUACAUUGCAUCCUGAUAGCAAUAAGGUUAAGUCAAAAGGAGAUUUAAUUAAUUCCUAUGCUGGAGAGCUGAUAAGGGGAGUUCGUGUUCUGGCUCGAAGAGAGAAUGAUGGAUAUUACUAUCUGGGAAGACUUGGCAAUGAAAUAGAGAGAUGCCCAGGUCGAUUUUUGGUAGAAUUUGAUAAAAAUAAGAAGAAAAAACUAAAGGCACAAAGUAGGCUGAAGGAAACUGCAUAUUAUGAUAUAAUGCAUUAUGAAGAUGCGAAAAGGCAUGGCAUUGGACCUGGAUGCAGAGUUUUGGCACCAUGGGAGCCUGACAUGGAACGGUAUGGCCCAGGAACAGUGUUAGAAGGCAGAGAGGAACGAGGAUUAAAUUUAGAUCAUGAUGAUGGCAGUGAAGGGUUGGUUGUAAGUUUCUGGAAUGGCAAAACAGAUAAGGUUCCUCCUGGAACAGCGGUAUGGAUCCCUCAGCUUCUGGCCGAACGCAUCAUUUUGGAACUCCAGAUGACCACCUCGGCUAAACAAAAGCUUCUGGAAACUUACCCUGAUUAUCCUCUGAUUGUGCCACCAGGAUACAGAAGUUCUCAGAGUAGUGGUGAUAAAUUGGAGCUUGCAUAUCACUCCAGGGUUCCCUGUGUAUGCCAAGGCCUAUAUUCAAAUUGUAGUCAUAGAUUGUGCAGGAUUCCUGAUAAUCUAGUAAGUCACUUGAACCCACAGGCAAAGUUUCUUGCUGGGAGUGGUUAUGGAGAUGCAAUGAUCUCUGGGGCAAUGGUGACUAAAGAAGAAGUGAUUCAGGAGGUAACAAAAAAACUCUCUCAGCCUUUUCGGUCCAAUUCAUCGAUGAAGGAACAGAGAGUCAAAUCUACUGAAUUUAUGAGAGGAAACACAACUUCCCUUCAGAAAGAUAUUGAAAAACAAGAUAGCAUGAAAACUUCAGAGUAUCAAUCUGCCAGCCUGUGUGAUUUGAACAGGAAUAAGCAUACAAACGCAGGUAGUACUUCAGACAUAAGUCUGGUGAAUGGCUUUCAUUAUAUAAAGGAUGCAAAUAGGAGAAAACUUGGGGGAAAAAGUUCCUCAAUUUCUCUUCAGAAGAAAACUGGGUAAGCAACUGUUUCAGUUGCAAGAUCAGGGCACUUUAUCCAUAUCUACUACUCCUUCCACUAAAUAAUAUGCUCAGAUAUUGCUUAUGUUUAAUGGUAGUUGUUCAUCGGCACCUUUGAAUUAAAUUUCUCUCCGAAGUUCCAACAGUUAGCAUUAACAGAGCAACCUGCUUAAAAAGAAGGCCAAUUUUCAUUUGCAUAGUAUUCUGUAUUCAAAUGUGAAAGGAGAAAUCGUGAAAAUUGUUCACAGGAGUCCAUGAAUACUUUUGUCUGUGGCUUGUCCAAUAAAUUUCAAGAUGAUCUCGAUUCAAGCAACCAGUACUCCCACUUGUAAAUGGUAGGUUAACACACAAAGGGUAAAUGAAGGGUGCUAAAGUGAUCUAGUUUUAACAUCAGAUGGCAUCCACAUCUAUUUUCAACCCACAGUGCAGUUCCUAAAUUAGGUUAAAAUUAAAUAACUAUGGAUUCUUGAGUUCCCAGCUCAGUCCUAUCCCUGAUAAUGUUAUACCCUCCUCAACCUCCAUGCAAUCCACAAGAUUUCUCAACCUGCGAGGAUGAUUAACAUUGGCCUUGAAUAUUAUAACGAAGCCUGACUGAAAAGUGAUUCAGGAGUGGAAACAGCUCAUUGCCCACUGACCAGGUGAUGUUGGUCUUAAAAUCCAAUAAUGAAUGUGUAAGAAAAAUUGAAUGCAAUUUGGCCUUCUCAGCAAUUGCUGGCCCAGAUCAAUGAAAAAAACACCACAGAAGUUUAGAGAUUUUGCAACAUGUUCCGGAUACCAGAAACUUGCUGGACAUUUAUGGGCAAGCUAACUUAUUUUGGUUUGAAUGUCUCUUGGACCUUGAGACACAAUAGAAGAACUGAUGCCGCUAUUUGGUCAGGAACUCAGAAUAGCACACCCAACUCCAAAAUGAGCAAUCUGAGCUCAACAAAGUUGAAAAUCUAGUAUUGUUUUUUUUUAUUACAACUUCUUUCCCACCAAGCACCCAAAUUUCUUUGGGGCUUACCCUAAGAGGAUUGGAAAUUUUGGCCAAAAUCUGUCAUCCAGAUGCAGAAUGUAAAUGUUACACCAUUGUUUCAUCAGAGCCUUCUCAGUCGACAUCAGUGGUAACCAAUUAUUUUCCCGACACUUGGUCCCCUGAGUCACUGAGACUUGUGGAUGGCCCAUCACGGAAGUUUGACAACAGUGCCAGAGGAACAUGUAAACCAAACAAAAUCUAAAAAUACCGAUUCUGGUCAGGUACUGUUCAGCUCAGUUUUAUUUGUGGAUUUUCUUUCACAUAAUUUCAUCUUUCUAGAAGAGGUCCAAUUAGUACAUUUGUAUCUUAUUUUGGUGCAAUUAAUCAAGUGUAAACUGCCUGGAUAAAUCAUGAACCAAAGGGAAAAUCAGCAGAAGCAAGAUGUGUGGAAGAAGGAGCACAAAUAAAACAAAAACAUUUUCUUAUGAACUAAAACAACAGGAAUUCUGCAGAUGCUGGAAAUUCAGGCAACACACAUCAAAGUUGCUGGUGAACGCAGCAGGCCAGGCAGCAUCUCUAGGAAGAGGUACAGUCGACGUUUCAGGCCG